UGUUUCUGUGGACACGCUGUAGAUAAAUGUUAAAGAAUAGCAUGAUUUGACUUGAGAUUUCCGAAACAGGACCGUUUCUUAAAGAAGAUCUGUAAGGAGUCAUGGCUUCCCUGGGACAGACCAUCUUCAUCAUAUUGAUAUCACUCAUCGUCAUAUUCGCUCUGCUCAUCAUCCUCAUCUUAGCCUUGGCUUUGUCAGGCCAGUUGUCUGUCGUGGAGAGCAAUAACAGACUGCCCAUCGCCAACCUCGGAAAUGAUCAAAUCCUCAGCUGCUAUAUGUCGUUACCCAAUGCUGCAGCUCAGGUCAGCCAAAUGUCCAUCACCUGGAUGAAGCAGGGGCUCAGCGGGGUGGUUUACAAGUACGAACACGGAGCUCCAAACCUUCGUCCAAAUGACGAGUUCAAAGGCAGAACUGAUCUCUUCCCGAAUAUGAUCAUCAACGGCAACGCCUCCCUGCUGCUACGGUCAGUGAAAGAAAGCGAUAAUGGAAUAUACAUGUGCUCGCUCAGCUCCUCUGUAGGCAAAGGGACGAUCAACAUCAACCUGAGGACAGCAGCCUAUACACCACCUCAGUUUAUGGUCAAAAACAACAGCUUGGUUGCUGAGGCAGCAAGAUGGUUCCCCAAACCAGCUGUGAACUGGACACAAUUUGGAGGACGUGUCCUAAGUGCAACCACAAGCUUCACAUCAAACUCUGCAGGAAUAUUCACUGUAAUCAGCACGCUAACGCCAUUUAAUGUGACCGAUAGCUACACCUGCAAGAUUGACAAUUCUCUGGUGGCUUCUGUCUCUGCGGUAACUGUAUCAGGUAUGUUACUGUCACACCUUCAGGCAACAUUUUUACAAUGUAAAAUCACCGGCCACUUUAUUAGGGUUUAA